CCUCUGUCCCGUUCCAGGCCAGGUUCCAGUGAGUCAGCAUGUCGGCCGCGGAGACGAAAGAACCGGUGGAUCUGGAGGAAGAUUUCGCCUCCUCCACCUCCUUACACGGCUUCAACAGGGCCAUGGUCGCCCCGAACCGUUUCCUGCGGUACAUGUGGAUCCUCGCCAUCCUGGCUUCCAACGGCGCCUUCGCCUACAUGUUCGUCGCCAUGCUUCAGGACUACUUCCAGUACAACACCAUCACGGACAUGACGUUAGAGUUCGCUGAUGAGGUCACAUUCCCGGCAGUCAGCAUCUGUAACUUUAACAGAGUGGACCUGGACAAGGCGACCAUGGCGGAGUUAGAGUAUCUCUCCCCCAUGCUGUACGGCAGCUCCAUGGACGAGACCGCGCUGCGUGACUUUCUUGACCUGCCCGCUGUCAACGGCACUGGGACCUCCACCACGACUACCCCGAGCACGAGUUAUAACGUAGCGGACAUCAUCAGACAGAGAGGGUUCCACAUGGCAUGGCCCAGAAUGGUCUAUUGCGCUUUCAAGGGGCAGCUCUGCAACUCCGAGAAUUUCACGCAUUCCUUCAGCGUGUACGGGAACUGCUACACGUUUAACGGGGACCGGACCAGUCCAUUCAAGCAGACGGCAGAGGGGACGGGAUUCCCCAGCAGCAACGGCCUACAUUUGGUUCUAGACGUCAUGGACCAAUACUCCACGGAGUCCGCCAUGAUUGCCGGUCACGGCGAGGUCGGCAUCCGGGUACUUCUGCACGACCAAUCAGAGCCGCCCGUCAUGGACAGCCAGGCUAGUGCGAUUGCGCCGGGUAAACACUCUUUCAUGGCCGUCAGGCAGACACGGUACCGUAACCACGUGCCCCCCUGGGGGAAGUGCGCGGAACUGCAGCUGCGGCAUCACGACACCUACAGCCUGCCGGCCUGCCAGCUAGAGUGCCGCAGUAGUCACGUGGAGCAGGCCUGCCAGUGUACUCCCUACUUCCUACCGGGUACAGCGCCGCCUUGCGAUCCUCAGACGAUCUACCAAUGUGUCCACCGAGUUUUAAACCAGCUGGUUUCCGGAGAGCUGAGGUGCGACUGCCCCAUCCCCUGCACCAUGACCAAAUAUGGCUCGGCCGUGACGUAUUCGGGAUACCCCAACCGAAUUACCAAGAAGAUCUACAACAACGCUUUCAAUCUCACCCCGGACUAUAUCAGAGAGAACGGUAUUGUGCUUGACGUGUACUACGACACUCUAAACUACCAGAAGAUUUCACAGCUGAAAGCGGUGGACUCUGGGCAGCUGGCAAGUAACAUGGGCGGCAUGAUGGGCCUGUUUAUCGGCGCCAGCGUCAUGACCAUCCUGGAGGUUGCCGAGUACCUCGGCCUGAAGAUCGGCCGCUACUGCUCCAGGAGGCAGCGCCCUCUGGCGAUUAACGUGGAACCUGCAUCACUGAAAAAAAGCGGCGACGGAAACAGCAAAAGCCAUAAUAUUAUAUAUCAAUAGCGUCCUGUGGGACGAAGGAAACUUGUAACGCCGAGAUUCUGAGCGAGCUCGCCGGAGUGAGAGUCUUGUCUGUAAAUAGUUAACAAUAUACAACACUUUAUAUUUUAUAUCAUGUAUCUGUAGAAAUGGUUUGGAGGAGUUUUUGAGUGUUAUUGUAAAUAUAUUGGCCGCUUUAGUUGUGCUGUAACUUUAUGUCUCUGUGAGAUGAAAUUUCAUAAGUCUAAUUCGAAAAAGUGGAAAAGGUAGCUUUAUUCAUUUAUUUGUCGGUCGCCCCUUUACUGCUCUAGGUCGAUUCUGCUGUACCUCAUUUAAAUACACUUGCUUAAAUUCCUGAGAGAAUUUGUCCAUGUUGUUGUUGUCAUCUUGACCCAUCAUUUAAAUAUUCCAGUCGCUCCGAUAGCAAGUUAUUGAUAUGAGAUAUUGAUAUGCCCUCCUUCAUAGUCAAACUAAAUAUGGAAACCAUUGAUCCCAAUU